AUAGACUCAGUGGAAAUCAACUCUGUCUCUCUGAGCUGGUGCAGUCCUGACAAUAUGGAUGGAAUCCCACACAGCUUCAAAAUCACCUUUUCAAGCUCUGUCGAGGACAACCCUCUUUCCAUCACUGCACCCUUCAAUUCCACUGUUAUCUCUAAGCUGAGACCUGGGAGAGAGUACAGCUUCACAGUCACCACAGUGCUGAAGAAUGGGACCCAGAGCAAGUCUGUUUCAACAUCUGUCCGCACAAAACCGUCCCCUCCUGGAAAGAUAAAGAUAGACUCAGUGGAAAUCGACUCUGUCUCUCUGAGCUGGAGCAGUCCUGACAAUAUGGAUGGGAUGCCACACAGCUUUUACAUUACCUACUCUAGCUCUGAUAAGAGUCACCAAGACUCCAUCACUGCACCCUCCAAUUCCACUGUCAUCUCUGAGCUGAGACCUGGGAGAGAGUACAGCUUCACAGUCACCACAGAGUUGGAGAAUGGGACCCAGAGCACGCCUGUUUCAAUAUCUGUCUGCACAAAACCGUCCCCUCCUGGAAAGAUAAAGAUAGACUCAGUGGAAAUCGACUCUGUCUCUCUGAGCUGGGACAGUCCUGCUGGUCUGGAUGAGAUCCCACACAGCUUUAAAAUCACCUAUUCAAGCUCUUUCGAGGACAACACUCUUUCCAUCACUGCACCCUCCAAUUCCACUGUCACCUCUGAGCUGAGACCUGGGAGACGGUACAGCUUCACAGUCACCACAGUGCUGGAGAAUGGGACCCAGAGCACGCCUGUUUCAACAUCUGUCUAUAAAGAUAGACUCAGUGGAAAUCAACUCUGUCUCUCUGAGCUGGGACAGUCCUGA